AUGAACACCGUACCCGACUGGGCUUCUUCUCAUGGCGGUGGAGCUGCUUGCUAUUUCUGGGCCACCGCGGUUUCGCUUCUCUUGAUUCUUCUCCUUCAUAUCUUCUUUUCCAGCAAACGAUUUCGCUUCUUCGAUUUUGCUUCUUCUUCUUCUCCUUCUUCUCCUCCUCCUUCCCAUGCCGACUCAGUUUCCCAUGCCCAAUCAAGGAUAUCCGGACUAGUUUCUGAUGAAGAUUUAAAAUGCCUGAUCCAGAAUUUGGAGGAAAGAGAUGAGGCUGCUGAUGAGAUAUGGGAGAAUGUUAUUCACAAAAGCAGCGAUCGCAUUUCCUACACUGCUAAGCGCUGCAAACCCAAAGAUGGUGGUCCUAUGAAGUACUUAAGUGUAACGGUGUUUGAGGAUUGCUCCGCAGAGAUUUUGAAGGACUUUUACAUGGACAACGAUUAUAGGAAACAAUGGGAUAAGACUGUGGUUGCGCAUGAGCAACUGCAGGUUGACACUAAUAGUGGGAUUGAGAUUGGUCGCACUGUUAAAAAAUUCCCCUUGCUGACAUCAAGGGAGUACGUACUAGCUUGGAAGUUGUGGGAAGGAAAGGACAAGUUCUACUGUUUCACAAAGGAAUGCGAUCACAGUAUGGUACCGCGACAGAGGAAGUAUGUACGUGCAAGUUAUUUUAGAUCUGUUCCCGGUAGAGAUGCUUGUGAGAUUCAAAUGUUCCACCAGGAAAACGCUGGGUUGAAUGUUGAGAUGGCCAAGCUGGCUUUCUCUAAAGGCAUAUGGAGUUACGUUUGCAAGAUGGAAAAUGCACUUCGUAAAUACAUCGCAAUCAGUCAUAGACCCCAAGGUCCCGUUUUGUCUGCUCUCAGCUUAAUCAAAAAGGUUCCAUCAGAGUUAGAAAGUCAGACAGAGGAUGUCACAGCCUCCAUGGGAACUAGUGGCGGUGAAGAAGUGUUGCCUCAUGUAGCCGCCAAACAGAAGAAAAUAUUGAGAAAGCCUUCAAAGAAACUGAUAGCGAAAGGUCUGGUUCUUGUGGGAGGUGUCAUCUGCUUGUCACGUGGUCACUCAGCCUUGGGUGCUAAAGUAGCAUUGGCUUACCUCUUGACAAUGCUGAACAAACGUGGAACUCCUCUGAAGCAGAGCAUCCAGAACACCAGUGUUUAA